GAUGCCCAGCCGCGGAUGGAAUUCCCAGAUAGCCAGCCGAUCUUUGAUCCGUGGCCGGUGGUGGUAGAGGAUGACAGUGUUCCCGAUGGCAAAUACGAGGACGCUGGCGCUAGCACCCCGACCAAAGCGGCAGACAGGGAGCUGCCGAUGGAAGCAGCAGCAGAUGAGGAUGAUGCUUUUGAGGAGAACUACAAGGACGAUGGCAGGGUGCCGCUGACUUCGAUACCGUGGCCAAUCUGGCAGACGUUAGAUCAAAGGCUGGCUGAAGCCGACAAACUGGUCGAGGAGCUGGAGAAGAAGACAGGGCCCUUAAGUGACAACGUCUUGCAGGUGUUGAGUGAGGCUUUGGAGCUAGAGAAAGAAGAAGAGCAGGUGAAGAAUGAUGUUCGUGAAGAAGCCGAUGAAGAUCAAAAGAAGAAGGCUAAGAAGGGCAAAGGAAAGAAAAAGAAAGGUAGAAAGAGCAAAGAAUGUCAUGAUGAAGCAGAGUGUGAGGCAAAAGGCGAAGGAGAGCAUGCUGCAGGAGGGUUUGAGGAAAAAGCCGAAGGAAAGGAUGAUGCAGCAGGGUUUGAGGAAGAAGCCCAAGGAAAGGAUGAUGCAGCAGGAUGUGGGGGUGGUGCAGAUCAUGCCAAACGCCAGAAAGGUGUAAAGCGCCGCCUCGAGUUCGAGCACUGCAGCGAAGAGCCGUGGCCACAAGUGGAGGCCAUUUGCAAAUAA